AUGGCUUUCGCAGCUAGAUCUUUUGCUCCCGCUCGUCUCUUCCGCCCCAACAUGUCCAUCUCCACAGGGCUCCAUACACAGCGCAAUGUCUCUUUUUCUUCAUACCUAGUGACACCAAAGCAGCUGAAUGAAGCCCUCAAGAAGAACCCCACGACAAAAAUCUCAACUUCCCCCGCGUGA